UUGGGGGAGCGAGGGAGGGCGCGACCAACUCCCGGAGGGACGACGGGCCGAGAGAGCGGCGCCCCGGCCUGGCGCCGAGCCUGAGCCCGCCGGACGGGAGGCGGCCCAGCCGCGGGCUCGGCCUGGGCCCCAGCCCCGCCAGCAUGGCCGGCCGGACCGUGCGGGCCGAGACCCGGAGCCGGGCCAAGGAUGACAUCAAGAAGGUGAUGGCGACCAUCGAGAAGGUCCGGAGAUGGGAGAAGCGCUGGGUGACUGUGGGCGACACUUCCCUUCGUAUCUUCAAGUGGGUGCCAGUGGUGGACCCCCAGGAGGAGGAGCGCCGGAGGGCAGGUGGAGGGGCAGAGAGAUCCCGAGGCCGGGAGCGGAGGGGCAGGGGCGCCAGUCCCCGAGGGGGCGGCCCUCUCAUCCUGCUGGAUCUCAAUGAUGAGAACAGUAACCAGAGUUUCCAUUCGGAAGGCUCCCUGCAGAAGGGCACGGAGCCCAGCCCUGGGGGCACCCCCCAGCCCAGCCGCCCUGUGUCACCUGCUGGACCACCGGAAGGGGUCCCAGAGGAUGCUCAGCCCCCACAGCUGGGCCAGGAGAGAGAUCCUGGGGGCAUACCUGCGGGCAGCACGGAUGAACCCCCCAUGUUGACCAAGGAGGAGCCUGUUCCAGAAUUGUUGGAGGCUGAGGAUUCGGGAGUGAGGGUGACCAGGAGAGCCCUUCACGAGAAAGGCCUGAAAACAGAGCCUCUCAGGCGGCUUCUUCCCAGAAGAGGCCUCCGGACAAACGCCCGGCCCAGUUCCGCGGGGCCGCCGCCGGAGCCCAGAGCUCCCGGGGGAGGAAGCAAGGCCCCGAGGGCACCCCGGACGAUCCCCCAAGGGAAGGGGAGGUGAGCCGGCUCCCCAGGCAAGGCGAGGCCCUGAGGCUUCCCUUGGCUGCCCCAAGAUCCAGCCACCCACCCGCUCCCCCCGAGGGCGCAGAGAGCUUCCCAGCUCCACGGCCACCGUGGGAUCAUCAGGGGCGCGCGGCCCCAGCCUGCCCCGAACCUAAGGUCACAGCACUCGUCUGGCUCACCACCGACACCCGCACAGAGCAGGAUCGACAGCCCCCCAAGUGAGGGAAAGGCUCCAGGCACAAUCUGACCCGGUCGAGCGCCUGAGGACACACCGCAGCCGGAGUGCAGGCGGGGCGCCGGGCCUCCACCCCCGGAAGGGCAGCCCGGGACGUGCCCCCUCUGCUCCUGGAGACCACAUGCCCUCCCCACUCCCUCCCUCCGGCCUCUCCGGAGGCCAAGCUAGCGGGUGGGUUCAUCCAGCGCCCGAAGACCUGCAGCAAAACCUCCCCACGGGGCCAGCCUCCCCGCAGGCCCGCGUGGAUACGAGGAAACCGACCUGGGCGGGCGGGGAGCGCCCAAAGCUUCUGGCACAGCCCCAGCGGACCGGAAAAUCCCCACCUGGAGAAGGCCGGGGCGAGGGAGCCUGGCUGCACUGCUGGCCCUGUCCUAGGAAAUGUCGACAUCUCCAGUUGAUUGAGGGCUUACCCCGUGCCAGGCCAUGUGAUUUAUGGGAAUGAUCUCAUUCAAUCCUCACCACAUCCCUGGGCCAUUGGUGUUCUCAUUAUCAGCAUUUUACAGAAGAAGAAACUAAGUCUCAGAGAGGUUAAGGCACCAGCUCAAAGUCACACAGCCAGAAUGUGGCCGAACCAGCAUUCAGACCCAGGUCUGCCUACCUGACCCCACAGCCCGCCCAAGGGCACCGCUUCUCCUGCUGGCACAUGAGUGAGGGGUGCUGGCCUGACAGGACAUCUGCUUGUGAAGCAUCCAUUUUUCUCCUGGUGAUUAUAUGAAAUACUUUUUAUACUAAAGUGAGCAGAUACUCACUGGAAUGCAAGUGAACAUUUGCACCAGCAAUUGAGAUGCAACUUGUGACAUCAUAGGAAUUUUAUGCCAAGUCCAACGCUUCAAGCUCAGCCCCUGGCUACCUGAGGUGCCCUCUUCUCAGACCUCUGCCUUCGGAGGGAUGGUGACCAGGGAAGCUCUGCCCUGGACCAGCUCCUGGAUGGAACCCUCCUGGAGGCCAAGGAAGAUGGCCUUUCCCCAGUUUUCCAUCCCAUUGAGUUGCUUAAGGAUGUUCAUCCAGUUUCUCUGGCCUAAAAUUUCCAAAUUCCUGACAGAUAUCAAUCUAGGAUUGGGGAUUGGAAACCUGGAAAUCUUAGGAACUCCUGAAAUCAUAUUAUUCUGUAUAUUUCCUAACUUUCUAUAUCUUUUUAUAAUAAAUAAGAAAUACACUUUUAGUAGCAGUUCCAAAGAAUUAUAGGCUAUAGCAAAUAUUCAAAACCAGGAAAGUACUAGAGAACAUUACUGGCUAGGGUUAGGAUAACAAAAUGUUUUAAACCUUCAACAAGAUCAACUGCACUACACAGAAUCGUGUUGAAAUUGCCAAUUUAAAGACUUGUGUCUAUAACUUUUUCUCAGCACAUCAUUCAUAGGAUUUGUAUAGGAUAUACAAUACAUUUAAACAGGUUAAAUAUUUACUUUAAUUUGUGAGAAUGUCUCACUGAUAACACCAGAUGGGGCCAUGAAUACUUUUUGUUUGUUUUUAGUGACUUGUGGGAUCCUAGUUCCCUUGCCAGGGAUCGAACCUAGACCCACGGCAGUAAAUGCGUGGAGUCCUAACUAUUGGGCCUCCAGGGAAUUCCCACAAAUGUGUUUUAAUAUGGCAACAGCUACCAAAAAAGUCAUUAGACUGUGACCCAUUCUCUCCUAUGUACUCCCAUUCUAAGUUCCCGAAAUGUCUCCCUUACCCUUGGACUCCGUCAGAGUUUCCUUCUCAUGCUUUCUACUUGACAUCAGUGGAGUUCUUCGAACCAGGAACACCUCGAUGUUUAUUGUUAAGCAUUUGUUCUCACGUGAUUGGGAAGGACUUCUGCAUCAAAAUACUCUUCUAAGCUGAGCGGGACUAGCAAGGCAGAUCUGCUGCGGAAAUAGUUAUCUCAUAUACAGUAAAGUCCACGCAUGAAGCUUCACCCUUUCAGGAGCCUUAGGGCCAGAAAAGCCAGUUAUGGAUUCCAGCUCUGCCAGUUCCUGGCUGUGAGACCUUGGACAAGUCACUUUACCUCUCUGAGCUUCGAUCUAAUGGAUAGAAUGAUACCUGGGAGAUAAUGCAGUUGCUUUGUGAGGCAGUCCCGAAGACGGAAGGUUAACAAUGUGGCUUUGGAUUCAGACAGGCUGAGGUUUGAAUCCGUUAUUUACUACCUCUUUGAUCCGGGGCAAGGUCUAACCACUCUUAGCCCCACUUUUUCUCUUCUGUAAAAUGGCAAAAAAAAAAAAAAAAAACAACACAAAAAACUGAUGGAACCCAUUUCAUAGAAUUUUGGCGAGUUUCAAUGAGAUCAUCUAUGAAAACGCUUCACACAAGCAUGGUACGCUGUGAAUGCUUGAUACGUGUGGACCGGUGUAGUAAUUAUCUGCUGUAUCUACCUCACAGGGCAGUUGUGAGGAUGAAAGGGAGGUUACGGUGUGGAAGUGCUUUCUAAGCUGUGAAAUGGUCAUCCACUUGCCUUUCCUUCAGAGAUGAGAUGACCAGAAGUUACUGGCAAACCUCAGUGGUUUCUCCCAGGAAGGAGCCUGAGAAUACCUACCUGUACCCACAGAAGGUAGCUGUGUUGAGGAGGCAAUAUCACCAUGGUUACCUGAAAAAGAAGGUUUAGUUGCAAUCAGGUAGGCAAACUCCAGUGUCAUCGGAUAGGGAUUUGGAGGGAAAGCCAGUUUUCAGAAGGAGGCUUUGAAAAGAGGACAUUAUUAAACAGAGCCUACCCACCUUAGGUUUGUUUAAUAGGGAUCUAAUCAAGAGAUGGGGACAUGUAAUAGAAAGUGGUGAGGGGGCUAUUUGACCAUUGUCUGAAGCCCUGUUAUUGGCUGAACUUAAGAAACAAUCCUAUUAGUCAGAACCAGCCACCCUGCUCCUGCUGUGUCUGUACUUUCAUCCAUUCCUAGAUGGUAGACCAAACAUGGAUCAAAGGGCUCUCCAAAGAUGACCUUGGGAAAUUCUGAGAGCAGCCCCAUAAAGUAAAUACUAGCAUGAGUCCUGUUCUGCAGCUGAGGGCCUGGAGUCUGGGAAAGUUAAGUCUGUUGCCCAAAGUCACACAGCCGUUGUGGAGUCAGGAUUCAGAAAGUCCGAACCCCUAGCCUCCACCAGGCUUCCUCAGCUCACCAGGUGCCAAUGCUGAGCUUGAUCAUGAAGAAGGAAACACAGAUGUAUGGGACUCAGUGCCUCAGGGGCCUCCUCUCGCCUUCUGUGACAACUCUCAUGAUAUCAUACCUAUUUUUCUGGACAGUGUUUCUUUGCUUCCAGAAAUGUUUUCCUCUGCUUAGCCCUUAAGUCCAGGUUCUCUGGGCCCCAUCCUUGGACUCUUUUUCUUUUGUACAGAACUGUGAGAGGUCUUAAAGUCCACAGCUUCAACUGCCGAACAUAUCUUCUAUUUUUUUUUAAUUCUUUGACUGUGCCGUGUGGCUUGUGGGCUGACCAGGGAUCGAACCCAGGCCCUCGGCAGUGAAAGCGCAGAGUCCUAACCACUGGACCACCAGGGAAUUCCUCAUCUCUCCUUCUAAUCCAGACUGCCCCUCUGAGCACCAGCCCAAUGUAGCCAACUGCCUCCUUGAUAUCCUCUCUGAUUUUCCAGGCUCCCAACUGAAUUCAUCCUUUCCCCCUUACCAUGUCGGUCCUCCUGAGUUCCCCUUCCUUCUUACCAUGGCCUCCUAGUUUCAAACACUGUUGUGGGGGUGAAGAACCCCAGAAGCCUUCCCAGACAAAGCCUCUUGAGUCAGUUCUUGGGGCUACAGAGAGACUGUGAGGUGUGUUCUCUGAGAGCUGCCAAUGGUUCGGGGGUGAACUUGCACGGUGGAUUGCAUCAUUUAAUCAACUGUCUGCUAGUGCCCGGCAGUUGGCAGGGUCUAGUAACGGAAGUGGAGGAAACAUUCAUGAAUGAAACAGACAGGACCCCUAGCUUCAGGGAACUUUCAGGCCACUAGAGAAGAUGGACCUCACGCAAUCCUCCCCAAAUACAGACUCUUACCAACGGUGACAAUUCUCGUGAAGGAAAUGUUCAGUGUGCUAUGAAAGAACUUGGUAACUCUAUACUGGGUUGGAGGGUGGGGCGCUCAAAGGCCAUUCUGAGAAAGGGACAGUUACUAUAUUCCUGAGAAUCGAGUUGAGGGAACAGAACUCCAUUUAGAAGUUAACAGUAGGGUGCUGCACACAGGCCCAGAGGUGAGCAAGAAUUUGGCGCGUUGGGAAAACCGAAAGGCAGCUCGCGUCCAUGGAGCUGAGUGUGCUGGGACAUGUGGCCGACACAAGGCUGGCCUGGCUGACUGGGGACGGCGGCAGGUGCCUUGUGGGCCAUGCAAGGAGCCUGGGUUUCUUGGUUUAACUUUUUAUUUGGAAAUAAUUUUGAAGUUACAGAAAAGUACAAAGAGCAUCUGUAUGUCCUUUACUCAAAACAUCUGUUAAAAUUCCUUGUUCUCUCUCUAUAUAUUAUAGUAUAUACAUGGGACUUUUAUUCGGAACUAUUUGAGAAUCAGUUGCAUACAUCUUGUUCCUUUGCCCUGGUUGUUGUUGUUGUUUAGUCACUAAGUCUCGUCCAACUCUUUUGUGACCCUAUGGACUGUAGCCCAUCAGGCUUCUCUGUCCAUGGGAUUUCCCAGGCAAGAAUACUGGAGUGGGUUGCUAUUUCCUUCUCCAGGGGAUCUUCCCAGCCCAGGGAUGGAACCCAAGUUUCCUGCUUUGCAGGCGGAUUCUUUACCUCUGAGCCACCAGGGAAGCCCUCCUUUACCCUCAAAUACUUAGUGUUUCCUGCCUCCAUGCAGUAAAGUUAUCCACUUCACUAAAUUUCACAUCGAUGCAAUAUGGUAUCUCAUUUACCAUCCACUUUGUCAAUUAUCUCAAUAAUGUCCUUGAUGUAGUAUUUUCCCACAUAGUCCAGAAUCCAGUUAGAAACGAUGUAUUGUAUUAAAUUGUCAUUUCUCCUUAGUCUCCUUUGAUCUGGAAUAGUAGCCUUUGUCUUCUUUUUAUCUUUAAAAAUUCUUUUUUAUUUUUAAUUGAAGGAUAAUUGCUUUACAAUAUUGUGUUGGCUUCUGCCAUACAGCAACAUGAAUCAGCCAUAGGUAUACCUAUGUCCCCUCCCUCUUGAACCUGCCUCCCACCUCCAAGCAUUGUCUUUUAUGACAUUGACGUGGUGGAAAAAUGCAGUCUUCUGCUUUAAUAGAAUGUUUCUCGUUUGAGCGUUGUCUACUGUUUCUUCAUGAUCAUACAUGGGUUAAGAAUUCCUGGCUGUAAGACUGCAUAAAUGUUGUUGUUUCCUUCUCAGUGUGACAACAAGAGGCAUACAAUGUCUGUCUGCUCCUCCUUAGUGAUUUUAAUUUUGUCCUAUUUCUCCAAUCUCUAGUUAAAAAAAUUUCCCUUGUAACUGACAAGCCGUCAGGGAGAUACAUGACCACCAUAUUGUUGUUUUAGUUGCCAGUCGCGUCCAACUCUCGUGACCCCAUAGACCAGGCUCCUCUGUCCAUGGGAUUUCCCAGGCAAGAAUACUGGAAUGGGUUGCCAUUCUCCAGGGGAUCUUCCUGGCCCAGGGAUCAAACUCAUGUCUCCUUCACUGGCAGGCAGAUUCCUUACCACUGAGCCACUUGGGAAGCCUAUAUGACUACCAAGCUGAUGUCCUAUUCCCUAGAUUAUUAAAUAGAUGAAAUUGACUAUCUCUUUCUGAUUCUUACCUGAAUCAGAUCAGUCUUUAUCAUGAUGGUUACAAAAUGGUAAUGUCAACUCCAGGACUCCUUCCACUUGACAUUCCUCUGCCUACUUAUUUAAUAUUUAUUAUCAGUAAGGACUUUAAGAUUUCUUUUAUUUUCCAAUAAUUUUAUAGUUAUGAGCCUUACUUAUCUUGGUGCUCAGAUUGCCCCAGAUUUGGCCAGUGGGAGCCCCUUAAAACUAGAAGCCUGGUUGUUAUCCCCAAUUCACUGGAGUAGCGUGCUUCUGUUUACACAGAUGACCACCUUUGGGUAUGUGACUGUGUGUUGUAGGGGCUCAGAUGUAGGAAGACCCUGUGGGGAAGUUCUUGUGUGGAGAGAAGAACUCUCCUGUGGGGAGAUAUGGCUUAGACUGGGGCGGUGACAUACCGGAUGGAUGGAAAGAAUAGAUGGAUGUUUGAGAAACUUCGGCGGUAGAAUCCACAGGACUUAGUGGGGUGGGGGUGGGGUAAAUGUGUGAGCCAUCAGAGAAAGGGGAGUCAGGAGUGGCGAAGCAGCUGAGUGGAUGGUGGAGUUUACUGAUGCGGGGAAGACAAGCUGCGUAAGGGGAUCAGGUGGGAAGGGUCUUUUAGACAGUCGAGCUUGAGAUGUGUUUGACAUCUAAGUGAGGAUGUCAGUAGACAAUGGCUUAUACUGUUCUGGAGCUGACAUGAGCAGUCCAGACCAGAAGAAAAUCUGGCACUGCUACAGAUGGAUGAUUCCUGAAUCCACGGUCCUGGAUGAAAUGCUGUGAGAGAGAAAGGUGGAGGAGAGAGAGGGACCAGACCGGGGAAUCCUGAGGGAGUUUGCUGUUUGGGGGCCUGGAGGGGUGCACGGCUGGAGAUGGCAGUGGACGGGUCUGUGGGGUCAGAUCCCAUGGAGGCUGGAAUGUCAGGCCAUAUCCUGAAGGUUCCUGGGAUGCAUUGAAGGGUUCCAAGUACGGGACUGAGUGACAGGGAACCAUCCGAGUUUUAGAAAGAUUGUUCCAAGAGCCAAGUGGGGGUGAGUUGGAGGGUCGUGACUGUAGUCACGCUGUGGUUCUUUCUAAAGUAAAUCAGCUUCUCUUUUGCCCCUGGAGCUCACUCAGAUGGAGACCUGUGCCUGAAGGCCCUCUCCUUGUCCAUCUGGGCACAAACAAGAUGAUCAAAACAUCUGCCCAGCUGCUCCGAGCAAUCCCCGGGUAACGUGACGGCAAACUCCCAUCUCCUUGCCUCGUUUUUGGCUGGAGAGUUUUUCUUGCUGGGGGAUGAGGGUGGGGUGAACCUUUUGAGCCAGGCGCUGCGUAAAAUGUGCAGGGGAUGGUCUCCGAGGUUUGUGGGAGUCUGCUUUGAGUUUAAUGUGGUGUCUGUCAUCUAGGCAUGCUGCCCAUUUAAACUGGUGUGCUGUCCCCUCCCCACCCCCACUCAUGCAGGGGAAGGUGGGUUGCGCCAGGAAGAACAUCUCAUGCAUCCUCCUCUUACCAGGGGUGGUGCUGUGUGGCGGACCUGCAGUUCUGCCUAGACGGUGCCGGCUGCCCAUUUGGAUGGAGACACAGACAACCAAAGGCGGGCAUUUCAAGAGACCAGAGGGAGGGGCAGGUGCCCUGGAAGCCCAGAAAAGGCAAGAUUGUUUCUGGUUGGAGAAGUCAGGAAAGGUUCACCUGGGGAAGAUGGUGUUUGAAUCGGGCCUUGAGGAUAGAGGAUUAUGCAGUGAAAAAGAGGAAAUAAGAAAAAAAAAAAAAUCAAAGUCCCACAUCCUCAUGUUUUAUUGACAUUGUCAGUACAGUCAUUAUUGGUUGCCUAAAUAUCCCAGCAGGCAGAUCCUCCUUUGCUAGUUCUCUGACCAUGGGAAUAGUUCAUUCCAGGCCUCAUGACAUAGGCUUGGGGCCUGUAACGGGGCAGCGGGGGGAGCAGAAGCAGCUUGGGAUCAAAUACAACUCGGGAAUCCGUGCUUGAGCCCCCCUGCUCACGCUUCCAUUCAGCCAAGGACCCACCACAUCCCAGGCCCUGAGGAUACGACGAUGAGGAGGACAUGCUCCUGUUCCGAAGAUCUCACAUCUGCUAGAAAGGGGGUCUCAGGUGGAGAGGAUUUAUUGUAGGGCACGUGUAGAUGCCACCAGAGAGGCACAACGCGUAGGAGCUGCGGUGCUGACGCAGGGAAGGGGCUGAAGCGCGCUGAGGCCUUGGGAGUGGAUGAGCAUGUCAGGCGGAGCGAGAAGGGGGAUGUUCAAGGGCACAGGUCAGAGGGCCAAGUUCAUGCGGAGCACCAAGGUGCUUCCCUGUCCGCAGGCCAGAAGGUACAUCUCUCCUCCUCUUGGGCUUCCGGGCAUUCUUUUUUUUCCCGUUUUCUACUUCAAAUAUUUCCCAUUUGGGGAGUAGGGGAGUAUUUUAUACUCUUCAGAGAUCUCAACUUGCAUGCUUAAUUCAUUCGUUUUUUUCUCUUUUUUUGACACUAAAAGCAUUGAAUGCUGUUAAUUUCGCCUCUGCAGGUAGCUUUGACUGUAUCCUUUUAUUAUGAUUAUCAUUAUCCCAAAAUAGUUUGCUUUUUAUCCUUGAUUUACUUCUUGUCCUAAGGGUAAUUUGAGAUGUUAUUUAUGGUUUUCAGUUUCUGAGUGGUGUGUUUUAUAUAACUGUUAGUGGUACUGCAUUUUGAUCUGAGACUGACUUCUAGAAUUUCCACUUUUCAAAAUUUACCAAAAUAUUCUCUGUAGUUUAAUAUUUAUUGAAGUUUGUCACUGUCCAUGAAACUUGAAAUGAAGGUACACUAUUUGUUUUCAAGGUCAAAAUUUCAUCUGUUCCUAUCUUUUUAUGUCCUUAUUUAUUUUUUGGUUAUUUGUUCAGAACACGUGUUAGAAUAUUUCCAAUAAAACCGUUUUUCAUGUUU